AAAACGCACAUAGCUCACCAAGUCUGAAAGUCAGACCUUGUUUUCCCGGGAAAUAAAAAUAGCAGACCCAUCGGGUCACUAACUAACUGAAACCCCAAAAAAUGUCCAAAAUGACCUCACCAUUCUCAAAACUCCCACUCUCUUUCUUCUACUUCUUCCUCACUCUCAUGCCCUUCCAAGUAAUUUCACAGUCCCCGGCCACCACCGCCGACCAGACAACCCUACUCAAUCUCAAAAAGCUAUGGCGGAGUCCGCCGUGGACAGCCUCCUGGAACUCCUCAUCCUCGCCGUGCACCUGGCCGGCGAUUGAGUGCACCGCCGGCACAGUCACCGGACUUCUCCUCCACGAUAAAAACAUCACGGACACGAUCCCACCGUUGAUGUGCGACCUCAAAAACCUCACCGUGCUUAACCUCUCGUACAAUUACCUCCAGGGCGACUUCCCUAAGGUUCUGUACAAUUGCUCUGGUCUCCAAUACCUAGACCUCUCUCAGAACUUCUUCGUUGGCCCAAUACCCUCCGACAUCGACCGGUUAUCCUCUCUCCAGCUCAUCAACGUCGGCGACAACAAUUUCUCCGGCGAGAUUCCGCAGGCGAUUAGCCGGUUACCGGAGCUCCGGACCUUGCACCUCUACCAAAACCAGUUCAACGGCACGGUUCCGAUCGAAAUCGGAAAUUUAGCGAAUCUAGUGACUCUAGGUGUGGCUUAUAAUACUAUGCUUUCGCCAUCGAUAAUUCCGAUAGAGUUUGGCAAUUUGAAAAAGCUGGAGUACUUGUGGAUGACGAUGACGAACUUGAUCGGGAAAAUACCGGAUAGUUUUGCGAAUUUGUCCAGUCUUCAACACUUGGAUCUCGCUAGAAACAAUCUGGAUGGUCCACUUCCUCAAGGACUGUUCCAAUUGAAAAACUUGAGUGCAGUGUAUUUGUUUAAAAACAGUUUGUCCGGUGAAAUUCCAACUCCAAUCGAGUCACUAAAUUUGAUCGGAUUGGAUUUAUCAGAGAACAAUUUAACAGGUUCGAUACCAUCUGACUUCGGAAAAUUGAAUCAACUGAAAGUCAUGAUUCUGCAUUCGAAUCAACUUUCUGGCGAAUUACCACCCAGCAUCGGCCAAAUCACAGCCCUAGGGACCUUCCGGGUGUUCACAAACAAACUCAAUGGUACUUUGCCGCCGGAAAUCGGUCUUCAUUCGAAACUCCAAUAUUUCGAGAUUUCCGACAACCAGUUCACUGGAGAUUUGCCUCAAAAUUUAUGCGCCGGGAAGACUUUAUUCGGCCUGGCGGCUUCCUCAAAUUCUCUCACCGGGACCGUGCCUGAAUCGCUUGGAAAUUGCCAAGCUUUGCGUAGUGUUCAGCUAUUUAACAACAAUUUUUCCGGUGAGGUUCCAUUAGGCCUCUGGACAUCGCGCAAUCUAUCGAGUUUAAUGCUGAGCAACAAUUCUUUGUCUGGUACGCUUCCAAGUCAAUUAGCUUGGAAUUUGUCUCUGGUUCAGAUCAGUAACAACCAGUUUUCCGGUCUGAUUCCUACCAGAAUCGGUUCUUGGGCGAGUCUGGUUGAGUUCAAGGCUAGUAACAAUCAAUUUACUGGUCCAAUUCCGGUGGAGAUAACCGCUUUCUCCCCCUUUCUUUCUCAGCUAAGCAACCUUAUUCUUGAUGGAAAUUCACUUUCCGGUGAAUUGCCAUCGACAAUUUUGUCAUGGAAGUCGCUGACUAUUUUGAAUCUUGCUCGGAACAAGCUUUCGGGUCAAAUUCCGGCAAUUUUUGGUUCGCUGCCUGACCUUCUCAAUCUAGAUUUGUCGGAAAAUCAAUUUUCCGGUCAAAUUCCGCCCGAAUUAGGCCAUUUGAAGCUAACCAAUUUAAACCUUUCUUGCAACCAAUUUUCCGGGAAAAUCCCGGAUGAGUUUGAUAACUUGGCCUAUGAAACCAGUUUCUUAAACAAUUCAAAACUUUGUGCUAAAACCCCAAUUUCAAAUCUCCCCAACUGUCUCACCAAAAACAGCAAAUCCAACGGCUUAUCGCCCACAAUUCUCGCGGUGAUUCUUGUUUUCGCUGUAAUUCUCUUCAUAGCUACUGUUAUAUUAACCGUCUUCGUGGUCAAAGACUACCGGAGAAAGAAGAUCAAGCGAGACCUUGCGGGGUGGAAACUAACCUCAUUCCAAAGGUUUGAUUUCACAAAGAAAAUAAUUUUGUCGGGUUUGACUGAAAACAAUUUGAUCGGAAGUGGUGGGUCGGGGAAGAUAUAUCGCAUCGCUGUCAACAAUUUAGGCGAUUGUGUCGCUGUCAAGAAGAUUUGGAGCAAUGGGAAGUCAGAUCACAGGCUCGAGAAAGAGUUUCUGGCAGAAGUGGAGAUAUUGGGCACAAUUAGGCAUUCCAAUAUAGUGAAAUUGCUGUGUUGUAUUUCGAGUGAUGACUCAAAAUUGCUUGUGUAUGAGUAUAUGGAGAAGCAGAGUUUGGACAAGUGGUUACAUGGGAAGAAGAGGACUAGCUCCACGACUGUGUUGAGUAGUUUGGUCCACCACGCGGUGUUGAAUUGGCCGACGAGGCUGCAGAUUGCAGUUGGGGCUGCUCAAGGACUAUGUUAUAUGCACCAUGAUUGCUCUCCGCCGAUCAUUCACCGCGACGUGAAGUCUAGCAAUAUUUUGCUGGAUUCUGAGUUCAAGGCAAAGAUUGCUGAUUUUGGACUUGCCAAGAUUUUGGCCAAGUCUGAUGUGCCUAAUACCAUGUCUGCUGUUGCUGGUUCAAUUGGGUACUUUGCUCCAGAAUACGCCUACACGAGAAAAGUGAAUGAGAAGAUCGAUGUUUACAGUUUCGGAGUUGUACUCUUGGAACUGGUGACGGGAAGAGAACCCAACGAUGGAGAUGAGCACACGAGCGUCGCAGAAUGGGCAUGGCGCCAAUACGGAGAAGGAAACUCAAUUGCCCACACCUUUGAUAAGGACAUCAAGGAGCCACAUUACUUGGAAGAAAUGACCACUGUCUAUAAACUGGGGCUUGCAUGCACAAUGACACAACCUUCUAGUAGGCCUUCCAUGAAGGAGGUUUUGCAAAUUCUACGCCGUUGUGGUCCUGUAGAGGGCAGCGAAGGAAAGAACGCGGGGCGUGAGUAUGAUGUUGCCCCACUCCUUGACAGUGCCAUAUACCUUUCCAGCUACAGGCGUUCGGAUGAAGAUGAUGACAGUGUAGCAUGCAUUGUGUGAUGUUGGAAUUGGUUGCAGAGUAGUUAAUAAGUAGUCUCACCAGUAUUAUCUGCAUCAAAACCAGAAUUCGACUCUGAAGAGGGACAACUCACUUUUCAAAAAUCACUUGACAAAUCAAAUCCAUAUCAUCAUAAUAGAGGGAUUAGAUGAAGAUGAGGGUAGUUUUAGUUAAAUUUGCAGCUUUUGAGGUUGAAAUUAGUCAUAGGUUAAUCUAGUGUAGCUUUUUUUUUUUUUUGGGUUUUUUUUUUUUUUUUUUUUUUUUUUUGCAAAAUCAAGCAUGCAAAGGAUGUAAAAUUUCUCUCAAGUAAUAGUAGCAAAUGUAAAUUUUUGGAAUAAGAUGAUUUUCUCUUCUGAUUAGGAAUAAAACAAGCUACCUUCUCCCAA